AAAUACCGUAGAACUGAGGAAGUUACGAGAGGAGAGAGCAUCUGAUCUGCAAGGGCUUUCAAGAAGAAAGUUAGAAUCAAUGGCGGGAGCUGGAACAUCGAUGCUAGGCUCUAUUCUUAUGUUUACAGUGAUCCUCUCGCUUCAAGAAGUUUACCGAGGGAAAUUAGCUUCUUCUGAGCUGUUCACGAUCUUUGGAGGAUUCACUAGCUCCCUUCUCUUUCUGUUCUCUCUGACAUUCAUCGGGAAUCUCCAGGAAUCUUCUGGCAUGAAGAGUAGUAGCUGGGGUGCAGUGAUUCUUGCAGAAGUCAUAGCUCUUAUCGCUGCUAGCACGGUGCAUCGAGUUUGUAUUACGACCUGUUUCUUGUUCUCUGCUGGGCUACUAUACGAGAUGAAUAAGAUUUCGGGAUACAUGCUUUCCAAGACUGAGUCGAAAUCUAAAAGGCACUGAUUCAGAGAACGGAAUUGGUAAGUACAUGAUGUUGUCGAAUUUCGGUUUUGUUUAGCAAAAGGGUUGUGCAAGAACACUGCCAACAUUAUGAAUUAAUAACAUUUUGCGCAUCUUAUGCGUGGCUCAAAGUUUCAA